GGCCGACGACCGGCCUGCCCAUUUUUUCCUCUCUGGUCCAGCCGCCGCUCCGCCCGGGGUGACAGUCCGCCCGGCCACUCCAACCGGUUGCAUUGGUAAUGCGUGAAUCGUGUACGACGGGUGUAAACAAUAUAAACGGUCCGUAUACGCGUUUACGGUACUCGUUCGUGUAAAUAAUAUUGACUGUGUGUAUACUUUAUACGUGCGAGCCUCGAUGAAAUAUAGUAAUAAUAAUUGUAGUUGCGGUUUUGCGUAUUUUUAAAUUUUUCACUUUUUCGACCAGUAGAAAAAAAAUUGCAUUUCAUAUUUUUUUUAACAAUUUAUUUUGGUUAUUGGCGUGUACCUUAUAAUAUAUAAUAAAACGACGGUCGCUCGAACGCGAGCGCUAUCGAAAUAACGGUAUGGAUAUGAUGAUCGUCAAGACUGAAGACGAAAAUGACGAGAGAAAAUCUCUCAACAACGGCAAUAAUAAUAACAACAACAACAACAACAACAACAACAAUAACAAUAACAAUUGUAAGAAGAACAACGGCGUCGGAACGACAGCGAAAACGGUGGCGACGACUGGUGGCGUCGGGUCAGGCAGGUCGGAAAAACCACCUUACUCGUAUAUAGCUUUAAUAGUGAUGGCAAUCCAGAGUUCACCGGUGAAAAGGCUCACACUCAGCGAAAUAUACUCUUUCCUCCAGCACAGAUUCCCUUUCUUCAGAGGUUCCUAUCAGGGAUGGAAAAACUCAGUGCGACAUAACCUGUCACUUAACGAAUGUUUCAUCAAGCUACCGAAAGGACUUGGGCGUCCUGGCAAGGGUCACUACUGGACGGUGGAUCCAGCGUCGGAGUUGAUGUUUGAGGAGAGCUCGUUCAGGCGAAGACCCCGGGGAUUCCGUCGCAAAUGCCAACAGAAGACUGUUGGACCUAUCAGCGGCGUUGGUAAUGGUUACCAAACGUCACAGUACCACCAGCACCUCCACCACCAUCACCAUCACCAAAAUCUACAGUUGCAGCAACAGCAACAGCAUCACCAUCAUCCGUCCGUCCAACAGCAGCAACCGCAGUCGUUGCCACAGACGCAGCCGUCACCGGUUCUGCCACCUCCACAGCCAUCACAGCCAACACAGCAGCAGCAACAGCAAUCGAUUGCCACUCAACCGCAUACGCAACAACCGCAACCACAGUCACAGCCGGCGGCGUGUUACCUGCACGACCAGUACGACUACAAGGACGCCACGGCUGCAAUGGUCGCGGGAUAUCACCACCAGCAGCAACAGCAACAUGACUACAGUAGUGGUGCAGGCAGUGGUGGAAUUGGUGUCAGUGGUGGUGGAGGGUACUGCAGCAGAAACGACCAGUUGGACCAUUUUGCGGCCAGCUUUUGGCAAAGCCAAAAGUCUGACGGUUACGUCGGAGGUGCAGGUGGUUACCAAGAACAGUUUGCAGAUUACGGUUGCCAGUACAACUUGACUCACGACAAUGGUUAUAGUACGGUUGCGAGAAGAUCGGCGACUGCGGCCGGACAAACACAACAGACUGUCAUGGACAACGCUAUGAACGCCACUAGCGGAUUACCACAACACAUAAGUCUCCACCAUUAUUAUGACUGUCCAAAGUUUUGUUAAGCUAUCGUCUUAUAUACCGUACAUCACAGUAUAUGACGUAUAUUACGCAUCGGACUUUCACAUUUCUAAAAAGUAUCCGCGAGCGUUUAUUAAAACUGCGCAAUAACACAAUAGAAACCGUAGAAACUUCAAAUAGUAUUUCCCAUUCAAAUCGGGUUAUAAUUUUCUUUUGUAUAUAUAAAUAUAAAAUAAGAUAUAUUUUGGAUAAAUGUAUGUUUAAUAUUAUCGUACAUCACGAAAUGUAUAUGACGCUCGUAAACAUUAAAAUAGAUGGAUAGCCAAAUCGAAGCAUAAGGUUAUCGCGUAAUUCCUUUCAACAAUAUGUCUUUCACUUUUAAGUUUUAAUGAAUAUCAGAAUAUGUUAUCCUUAAUCUGAAUAAUUUGAUUACCCAGAUAAUCUCAUAAGGCAUUCACACAACAUUUUGUAACAGACUCCAAUAUAUGUGAGCAGUGCGCUGUGAGUACAAUAUAUUGUAUAAGUAGCGGAAAAAUAAUAUUUCAAAUCCAUUUAUGAUAGGUUUUUUAAAAAUAAACUUUUAAAGGAACGCGCAUAUUUCUUAGUUUAUCUUUUUUUUAAAAAAAACUUCUUUUUUUUAUAAAUAAAUUAUAAUUUAAACAAAUAUUAGCUAAAUAAACUAGACCAAAGGAUAUAAAAAAAAAAAUCAUAAUAAAGUAAAGAUACCGAACAAAAAUUAAUUUAAUAUCUCAGUAUGUAUACAACAAAAAUAUUACAUGAUGUUAUAGUUAUAUGGCAUGAAGUUUUAUUUUUUAAAUUUAAAGUGUGAUGUAUAUAAUUUAUUUAUAAAUUAAUAUAUUUUUUCAACAUUUUGUAAAUAAUUUAAUAAUUGGCCCAACCAUCAGUUGUGCGAAUACGAAUAUCGAACGUCUCUAGUCUCUAUAUAAUAUAAUAAUUUAUCGACAAAAUGUGAAUGUUCGAUAUUUUGUAUUGAUUAAAAGGCUGAAAAUAGU